AUGUAUAACACGACCUUCAACAGAACCAUGUCUACAGAGGAACCUCCAAAUUACGAAGACGCAAACUCAACUCAUUCAUCUACAAGCGGGAAUGUCCCAACUUCGCACAGUUCUUCCGGAACGGUAUCUUCCAGUCAGAAUUCCAUUAGUGGCCAAUCGCAGUCAGCCGAUACGGUUGAAACUACACCAACUACAAUUACCGGUGCGCUGACUGCUGUCUCUGGUGAAGCCGAUACAAACUUUAUCGUGGCCGAUGAAACAAGUGGUUCAUGGCAAGAUACAGUGUUAAAUAACGUACACAAGUUAAAGAAUUUAACGUCUUCCAAAAAUAAGGUUUCCAAUGCUAUAAAGUUAUCAGUGCAUUUCACGAAGGAUCUCUGUGAAGCAGGCGUUGAACCAACUAUAAUCGACCCUACUAAAAUCGAGUAUGAACAAGGAUGUUUUGUUCAUGGGUUUGUUUAUAUCCAGAAUACCCUGGAUAAGCCUGUUCCAUUCGAUAUGUUUUAUGUUUUGCUCGAAGGGAAUUUUAUGAUUGAUAAUCCAAAGGAUACCAAGAACCCCAUCAUAUAUAAGAAGUUUUUGGAAAUGUUUGAUUUGAGUGCGAGUUGGAAUGAUGUUUACGUUAAUCGGUUGACUACAGACAAAUACAAGCCUUAUGUUUGUCCUUACACUGUGGAUCCAAGAGACGGAUCACAUUUGGGGAUCCAAUUGGGGAGACUUCUUCAACCGGGCGUAUUGUAUAAGCGGUUUUUCACAUUUAAAAUCCCGGAACGACUAUUGGAUAGUGAAUGUGGGAACCACACACUUUCAAGUCACAUAGAGUUGCCUCCCACAAUGGGUAUGUCACGUUUCGAAAACUAUCUGUACAAAAAUUGCAAGGUGAAAGAUUUUGCGUUUUUUGAUGCUGCUGUCUCUUACUCAGUCAUGACGAGAUUCAUUGGGAAACGGUCCUUGUACAAUGUGGAUGAGAAAUUAAAGGACAUUGACGAUACCAAGUUGAUUAAUAACAAGGGUGACGAAUUCAUCAUUCUUAAGGAAACAAAUAAUUUCAUUCGUAUUGUCCCCAAUUAUCACCCUUCAAGCCCUUCACUAGAAAGAAUGAAAUCUGUUGAACAGACUUUACUCUAUAAAAAUAUGGUGAAAAGACUUGAAGAGCAUUUGAAGAAUGGUCAGAAAUUAGUUGACUUGUUGGAACGUGGAGAAUUUGAUAAGUCAAUUCAAGUGGGUGAAUAUAUGACCCAGUCCGAGUUGGAAUUUGCAAAGUUGCGUCAAUCCUAUAACAAAAGAUGUCAUAAGGAUUUUUAUGCUGAUCAGAAGAAGGGAGAGCUGCAACAACCUCAAUAUUCUAUUAUUGUCCCUAUUACAACUCGGAAAAAGUCGUUGACAUCUUCAUUAUUGAAAAAGCCGUCGAAGAAUGAUACAGGUGGUAUGGUUGGUGUGUUAAGCUUGAACACCCCACAAGUUGAUUAUCAAAUCAAUUAUAUUGCGCCUCCACAAUUUAGAUCCCAUCAACUGUUGGAAAAGUUGACGGAUUUAAGAAAAGGCUGGCACUUAUCUAUUCCAAUUGAGUUUCAAUUUUCGGGUAGUGAAACUCUGGGCAACUACCUUCCAUCUUUCAAGCAUGUUAACGCUAGUUUGACCAUUCUUUCAUUGAAAUCCGACAGAGAACCUCUUCCACUUGAACUUAAGCAUGACUUGAUAUAUACACAACAACAGUAUCCAUCUAGAAGUGAGAUCCAAGCCAUACUAUGUGACUCACUGAAUGAUCCUGAUACGUUUGUUCUGAAUAUUCAAAAACCCUUCCAGAAGUUAUCUACACAACUAUAUAAGUAUUUGAAGGAACUUCCUACAUCAAAUUUCAAAGUGGAAUUGGAUUUGGUUAAUGAUUUGAAGCUGAUUUGCUAUACCCAUACAAAAUCCAUUAGCUUAUCUGUUAACGAUGUCUCAGUGUCUGCGAGCCCAUUAACUCCUAGUGAAAAGUUUACCACUCUGGUUGCAUCCCAAUCAUCAGCCCACUCAAGUAAAGCAAUUGAUGCAAUGAAAUGGGAAGAAGCUGAAAAGAAUGAAGUUGGCCAGACUACUAUGAGUAAGAAGUUUUAUUUGAAUGUUAAUUUGAACAGUGCUACCCUGUUAGGUUCUAAGUCAACUGCUCCCGUGAGUGAUGAUUAUACAUUGAUUCCUGAUUUCCAAUCAUGCCAGACAGCACGUUUCUAUUGUCUUAAGUUAUUAUUCGUGACUCAAGACGAUCAUACAAUUAGUGUCAAAGUCCCCGUUCAUAUUGUGAAACCUGAAUAG